CGUUUGCUAUGUUUACGUAGCAUAGCAUUGAAGUAUCUGAAAGGUGACUGAGCCUUAAUGGGCCUUUUGUACGACCCACAGAAAGUCGGGCGGAAAUUGUCGGUCGAGGACAAAAGACGAUCAGGCCAUGGCUACAGAACAGAGGCGACUAUACGACAUAUCAAGACAGUCAGCAUGAGCAUUGACAUAUAACUUUAUGUGUUCAUUUUGUGUUCCUUCGGAACUUUCAGUGUAUUGCAUGAUUUAUUGUUAAACCCCGAAGAAGGGGAAAGUAUUUCAUAACAGACGUUAUCUGAAUUCUUGAUUUUAUUUCCCUUCUUCUCCUCCAUCGUUUCAAAAGGAAAUACUUAUGAAAUAAAACAUGCUGGCUUCAAUCCUUCUCAGACUUGUCUUGGUCCCUUCUGGGAUUGGACUUCUCGGCCUUUUGGGCUUUGUGGUGUAUAGACUUUUCUUCCAUCCAUAUGCCAAAUAUCCAGGCCCCUUUCUUGCCAAACUUACCAAUCUAUACUCCGCCUAUCAUGCAUGGAGGGGUGACCUCCAUCUUGACAUGUGGCGAUGCCAUGAGAAAUACGGCAAUUACGUUCGCUAUGGACCGAAUGAACUUCUUGUAAAUACCGAAUCUGGGUUGAAGGAUAUCUACUCUCAUGGGAAAAAGUUCAAAAAGUCAGUGAAAUACAGUGCCAUGGUCCACCGAGCGACCAACACCCUCACGGAAACCGAUAGGAAGAAACAUGGCAAGAAACGCCGGUUGAUCAGCCAAGCUUUCUCUGACUCCACGCUAAAAAGCUACGAAGAUGCUGUUUUAACUCAUGUCCAACAACUUUGUGAUGAGCUUGUAAGCAAUGAAGGAAAGCCUGUUCCAAAGGACGAAUGGGCACCAGCCAAAAAUAUCUCCCGUUGGUGCGAUUACUUCACCUUCGACGUGAUGACCAGUGUGAUAUUCGGCGUGGAAUGGUCUGCUUUACGAGAGGAGAAAUAUAGAUACGUUCCGGAUUCAAUUGAACAAUCCAAUGUCCGUAUUGGUACUUUGCUUGAAGCACCCGGUAUGAAAGGGUGGAAGAUCCUUGACAAGUAUCUUUUCGGGGCUGCCAUCAUCGCGCGUAAUCAAUUCAUCAAGUUCAUCAAUGAAAUAUUGCGCGAGGCUAUGCGUGUGACCGGAAAAACCAAAAAGGGUGCAUUCGCUCUUCUCAUUUCUGCAAAGGAUCCAGAGACUGGCGAACCACUCAAUAUUAAGGAACUCGGUGGAGAGACUGCCACUCUUGUCGUUGCAGGCACUGAUACGACUUCCACUGCACUGGCCGCAGCUUUGUUUUAUUUGGCUCACUACCCUGAAGCAUACAAGAAGCUUUCUGCAGAAGUCCGUACCGCAUUCCUCUCAUCUGAUGAAAUCCAUCUCGGCUCCCAAUUAAGUCAGUGCGCCUAUCUUCGUGCCUGUAUAGAUGAAGCUAUGAGGAUGUCCCCAUCUGCCCCCGGAUGUCUCUGGCGGGAGGCUGAAGCCGAAGGUGUCAAGGUUGAUGAUAAAUACAUCCCUAAAAGUAUGGAUGUAGGUACAUGCAUCUACAGUAUUCACCACAAUCCCGAAUACUACCCAGAUCCAUUUGGAUAUCACCCAGAGAGAUGGCUUGUAAAUGAUCCUUUAUCUACCCCUUAUCGUGGAAGUGUUGUACCGUCCGCGCCAUUUACACCCUUCUCGCUCGGCUCGCGAAGCUGCAUUGGCAAAGGUCUUGCUUAUGUAGAACUUACGCUGACACUGGCUCACUUGUUCUGGAAAUACGAUUUCCAGCUAGUUGAGGAUAAUCGCCGUCACGUAGGCGAGGGCAAACCACAUGCUGAAUUUGGAAGACAUCGUGUUGAUGAGUUUCAGAUGCAUGAUCAUGUCACUGCUACCAAGGAUGGGCCGUGGCUUCGAUUCAAAAGUCGCUUUUGAGAUGCUCAGAUUAUGAUAGUCUUUGAGCUUUUUUUGUUUGACCUUAUUAUUUUAUGGGCAACAGUUUCUUUUAGUUAUCUCAAAUUUAUCAUAUUCGAUCAAAUUGUUGUCAUGAAGGUUCCAGUCUAUUUAGUCUACGUUUGUAUUUGAAUUUCAUUAUUUUCCCCUCAAAUUUUAUAAUCUAACUGCAGAUAAAAUGUAU